AUGAGUCCGUCGCGAAUAAAAUGGCCCAAGAAAAAGAAAGUAAACCAGCCGAAUUCGUUGGACAAUGAUAUUCUUAAUGGAAGAAAGACAGACAAAGAAACUGGGCAGGGCAUAGAGAACCAAGAAAGAUUAAACGAACGGAGAACCGAGAAAAGAAAGAAAGAGAAGCAGGAUCAGGAUACAGACAAAAGGAAUGAUAUGGGUAACGGUGAGAAUAAUCAGCAUCAGAACAAUCAGCAUCAGAACCACAAUCAGAACCACAAUCAGAACCAGAACUUCAAUCAGAACCACAAUCAGUAUCAGAACUUCAAUCAGCAUCUGAAUGAGAAUGAAAUUCAGCAGAAGAAACUACUAAAUCAAAGAAAAGAAACACAAGGCCAGAAAAUUGAGCAGGAACUACGAGAGAAGAUACGAAAGCCAGAGGGGAGAGAAAGUGAACAGAACGAAGCAAGAGCUGAAGAAACUGGAGCCAAAUCAGAUGGAGCAAAUUAUGCAGGUCAAUCCCUUGUCCAAGCUUUUGGCCAAUCCGGCCAAUCUCUUGCCCAAUCUGGCCGAUCUCUUGCCCAAUCUGGCCAAUCUGGCCAAUCUGGCCAAUAUGGCAAAUCUUUUGCCUCAGAUUUUACAGAUCAGUCAACAGAGUCCUCCACCAAUAUCAUGCCUUAUUUAGGUACAGCGGCUUCGAAUUCCGCGCUGAGUUUUGGCGCCGCUGUGCCUAUAAAUAGAGGCGGGCCCGCCCUGUCGAACCGCGCCGUGUUUGGCUCAGAAACAGAGCCGCCAACAGAGCAAAGUGCGCUUUUGCUGCAAAACUUUUUGCAGCCGGGCCAAACAGCGCUAGGGCCAGCGCCGGCCCAUGCAGCGAGCACGCGGCACAAGCGCCGCAACACCGCAUGCGCGCUCUUUUUUUUUGCAGCCAUAGCCGUGUUUGUGGCGGCAUUGUUCGUGGUGCGCGCAGUGCUCGCGCAGCCGCCUGCAUUCGAGGCGCGCAUAGACAACGCCGCCCUCGUGGGCAUGUCGGACGGCGGCGUGCGCGUGCGCGUGGCGGGCGAGGUGUGCGUCACGGGCGGCCUGGCGCUUGCCCUUUGGCUUUUCCGCAAGCUCGGCCCGCUCGCCAGCAACGGCACAGUCGAGCCGCGCCAGCCCAGCCCUGUGGUGGUGUCCGGCCCGGAACUCAACCGCACACACGUGGUGCUGGUGGUGUGGCCCCCGGUGGACGUGGACUUUUCCUGCUCGCACUGGCCGUUUGACGUGGUGGCCGACGCCCAAUUCACAGACGGCGUGGAGACUGCAGUGGCAGCCGCGUGGGCCGCGCAUGCGCACCGCUCCCAGUGGCUCGUGGAGGCUACAGUGCGGGCGGCUGCGCGGAUCCGCGGCGUACGGGUGCCGUUGCCUGCGGUGGAGGUGCGGCGCACUGUGGCCAUGGGCGAGAUCCGCGUAUCGACAGUGGCCGUCGCGUGGCAUCGUUCGCUCGAGGCCAAUGCUACGGUUAGCGUGGCAAUGCCCGAAAUACAAGUCGCUCAAGAUAUGUCUCGCCAAUCAGAGAGUUUCCCUGACUUGGAAAUACCUCCCAUCGACUGGCUGGUGGCCGUGCGUGAUUGUGCCGGCCGCCCUGUCACCGUGGGAGCUUGGGCGAGCGAAGAAUGCGGCGGAAAACUCGAUUCUGCUGCUGGCUUCGACAAUUCCGAAGAAACUUCCCAAGACUACGCUCCCGUAUCGUCUCGCUCAUUGCGUCUUCAUGGCAAAAUUGAUGAGGUGUCGCCCGAAAUCCUGCGCCCGUGUGCGGACGGGCUUAGCCCUAUAGAGCGAGUGGCCCGCGGUUCCCCCAUUGUCGUGUGGGCGCCGCCCAGUUCCCGCAACGAGAAGUUACCCCACUGGCUUAGACUGGUGUUGCGCAUUCCGCGCGACCUCGACCCGCAAGUCGCUGCCUCACCCAACAUCUCCUUUAACGGCAUGGUGUUGGGCCCGGGUAUGUUUGGCAAGGGCAAUUUUUCUCACGUGGCUAUCGAGAUCCUUCCUAGCAACGAGUUGGCCAUGAAUGUCACGGGCUCAGGCUAUGUUGAGUGGCCUGUGGAGGAUGCUGAGGUCGAUGCCAACGCUCAGGUCAUUUUGCUGCUGGUAGCUAGUGCACAAGUCUGCGCUAAUGGCGCCACCGGCUCAGUGGAAGUGGAGAGCGCAGAUAUAACUGUGGGUGACCCACAUGCAUUAGCGCUCGCAGCUAACACUGUGCUUUCGGGGCGGGUCCCUACACUUGGAGGCAAGGUUACUUUAGUUUCUGCAACCUUACGCCUGCCUCUUCUUGCUACAACUUUCCACAAUGUGACCAUGGAAUGGGCUGGAAGAAAUGACGAGGAUGCGAUGAAUUCUGACUUCGACUUCAUUGACGCGGCUGGAGUGACUGCCAAGUUAGGUAACCUUGAAACCAGUCAAGACAAUGUAACAGAAUCGCCGUUAGACCGCCUCCUAGCGGGUGCAAUCUUUCGCGCAGACAAGCUCUUCUACAUUAGUUCUAACUCCUCGUCGCUUGAGCUCCUAGCAGACCUUGCGUUGGAGGUACCAUACAAUGUGUCACUUCAUAUAGACACCCUGCUCGACGCCGACUUGGCUUAUAAUGGCACCGUGGUAGGCAGGGCCUCCCUCGAUAGAUUUUCCAUGGCCCAGGGCCGCGCCAAUGUAUCUGCGGGCUUUCGCUUAGCAUGCCCAGAUCUCCAUGUGAGGGCAUUUGCAGAAGAUUUGGCCAGUCACGUUGUUUCAGGUGCAGUAGCACGAGUGACGAUCCAAAACUUGCAAGCUGGAAGAGUGGGCUUGAAUGAGUUUGUUUCGGCUCUUUCGCCGCAGCUGCUUACCGUUCCAAAGAUUCAAUUCAAUCGCCAGGAACUCCAAGAAACUGGCCGCCCCACAUCUCUUGGAUUUCCUUUUCCUCAAAAUACCGAAGGAUCGUCCGAGGGCAGUCCCUUUCUUGUAGGCGCCACGAUCCACCUUCUCUCGUCGCAAAUCGAAAUCACAGUAUACAACCCUUUGGCCAACGCAGAGAUUGUUGCUGAAAUUUUGUCAAGCCAAGCAUCAUGCGAAGGACAAGUGGUGGCCCGUAUCGAGCAUUCGCCUAUGCUUCUUGUGCCGCCAGGCCUCUACACUACUCCCCGAAUGCCUAUCCGCGUGGAAGCGCCUGGAGCUGCUCUCCUACGCCGAGCAUUAAAUGGUGGACUAGAUGUGGACACUAUCGCAGAUAUUGCUGUGAGAAUAGGCGAGUUCCCUAUGCAGUUGUUGUACCAGGCCAGUGGGCUUACAGCAGAAGUGCGGUUGUGA